UGGAGGCGGUCCGGUGGCCUUUGUGUCCGAGGCUCACAGUGAUCCCCUGGUCCCGGGGUGGUCAGCAGCAUGGGCUUCCUCAGACAGAUACAGCUUUUGCUUUGGAAGAACUGGACCCUGAGGAAGAGACAAAAGAUUCGCUUCGUGGUGGAACUCGUGUGGCCUUUGUCUUUGUUUUUGGUGUUAAUCUGGCUGAGGAAUGCCAACCCACUCUACAGUCAACAUCAAUGCCAUUUUCCCAACAAGGCGAUGCCUUCGGCAGGAACGUUACCAUGGCUCCAGGGGAUUUUCUGCAAUCUGAACAACCCUUGUUUUCAAAACCCCACCCCGGGAGAAUCUCCUGGAAUUGUGUCAAACUAUAACAACUCCAUCUUGGCAAGAGUGUAUCGAGAUUUUCAAGAGCUCUUCAUGGACACACCAGAGAUCCAGCACCUUGGCCAGAUUUGGACUGAGCUUCGAACCUUGUUCCGGCUCAUGGACACUUUGCGGACUCACCCUGAGAGAUUUGCAGGAAGAGGAUUACAAAUCCGAGACAUCCUAAAAGAUGAGGAGACCCUGACGCUAUUUCUCACAAGAAACAUUGGCCUGUCUGACUCCGUUGCCCAUCUUCUGGUCAACUCCCAAGUUCGUGUGGAGCAGUUUGCUUACGGAGUCCCAGACUUGGAACUGAAGAGCAUUGCCUGUAGUGAGACCCUCUUGCAGCGUUUCAUCAUCUUCAGCCAGCAUCGAGGGGCACAGACCGUGCGUGAUACCCUGUGUCCCCUCUCCCAGGUCACCCUACAGUGGAUAGAGGACACUCUGUAUGCCAACGUGGACUUCUUCAAACUCUUCCGUGUGCUCCCCACACUCCUAGACAGCAGUUCUCAAGGUAUCAACUUGAGAUUUUGGGGAGGAAUAUUAUCUGAUAUGUCACCAAGACUGCAAAAGUUUAUUCAUCGGCCAAGUGUUCAAGACUUGCUAUGGAUAACCAGACCUGUUCUGCAGAACAGUGGUCCUGAGACCUUCACCCAGCUGAUGGGCAUCCUGUCUGACCUCCUGUGUGGCUACCCAGAAGGAGGAGGCUCUCGGGUGUUCUCCUUUAACUGGUACGAAGACAACAACUAUAAAGCCUUCCUGGGGAUUGAUUCCACAAGGAAAGAUCCCACCUAUUCUUAUGACAGAAGAACAACAUCCUUUUGUAACGCAUUGAUCCAGAGCCUGGAGUCAAACCCUUUAACCAAAAUAGCCUGGAGGGCAGCUAAGCCAUUGCUGAUGGGAAAAAUCCUCUUUACUCCUGAUUCCCCUGCUGUUCGAAGGCUACUGAAGAAUGCCAACUCAACUUUUGAAGAACUGGAUCGAGUUAGGAAGCUGGCCAAAGCCUGGGGAGAAGUGGGGCCCCAGAUCUGGUACUUCUUUGAAAAGAGCACACAGAUGACCAUGAUCAGAGAUACCCUGGAACACCCAACAGUAAAAGACUUCAUAAACAGGCAGCUUGCAGAAGAAGGUAUUACCACUGAAGCCAUAUUGAACUUCUUCCGUAGCGGUCCACGAGAGAGCCAGGCUGAUGGCAUGACCAACUUUGACUGGAGGGAUGUAUUUAACAUCACAGACCGCUUCCUACGCCUGGCUAAUCAAUACCUGGAGUGCCUGGUCCUGGAUAAGUUUGAAAGCUAUGAUGAUGAAACUCAGCUCAUCCAACGAGCCCUGUCUCUCCUGGAGGAAAACAGGUUCUGGGCUGGAGUGGUAUUCCCUGACAUGUAUCCCUGGACCAGCUCCCUACCUCCCCAUGUGAAGUACAAGAUUCGGAUGGACAUUGAUGUGGUGGAGAAGACCAAUAAGAUCAAAGACAGGUACUGGGAUUCUGGUCCUAGGGCGGAUCCUGUGGAAGACCUCCGGUACAUCUGGGGAGGGUUUGCCUAUCUACAGGACAUGAUUGAACAUGGAAUCACAAGGAGUCAGACCCAGGCAGAGGUUCCUGUUGGAAUCUACCUCCAGCAGAUGCCUUAUCCUUGCUUUGUGGAUGACUCUUUUAUGAUCAUCCUGAACCGCUGUUUUCCCAUCUUCAUGGUGCUGGCAUGGAUCUACUCGGUCUCCAUGACUGUUAAGGGCAUUGUCUUGGAAAAAGAACUGAGGCUGAAGGAGACCUUGAAAAACCAGGGUGUCUCUAAUGCUGUGAUUUGGUGUACCUGGUUCCUGGACAGCUUCUCCAUCAUGUCAAUGAGCAUCUUCCUCCUGACACUGUUCAUCAUGCAUGGGAGAAUCCUGCACUACAGCGACCCCUUCAUCCUCUUCCUGUUUCUGCUGGCCUUCUCCACGGCCACGAUCAUGCAGUGCUUCCUGCUCAGUACGUUCUUCUCCAAGGCCAGCCUCGCAGCAGCCUGCAGCGGGGUCAUCUACUUCACCCUCUACCUCCCACACGUUCUCUGCUUUGCCUGGCAGGACCGGCUGACGGCCGACCUGAAGACGGUUGUGAGUCUGCUUUCUCCCGUGGCCUUUGGCUUUGGCACCGAGUACCUGGUCCGCUUCGAGGAGCAAGGCCUGGGGCUGCAGUGGGACAACAUCGGGAAGAGUCCCAUGGAAGGGGAUGAGUUCAGCUUCCUGCUGUCCAUGGAGAUGAUGCUUCUCGAUGCCGCUCUGUACGGGUUGCUUGCCUGGUACCUUGACCAGGUUUUCCCAGGUUGCUCAACCCGAGAAGAAAGGGCCCUGGAGAAGACUGAACCUUUAACGGAGGAAAUGGAGGAUCCGGAGCAUCCAGAAGGAAUGAGUGACUCCUUCUUCGAACGUGAGCUCCCAGGGUUGGUGCCUGGAGUGUGUGUGAAGAACUUGGUAAAGGUUUUUGAGCCCUGUAGCCGGCCCGCUGUGGACCGCCUUAACAUCACUUUCUAUGAGAACCAGAUCACUGCAUUCCUGGGUCACAAUGGAGCCGGGAAAACCACCACCUUGUCCAUCCUGACAGGCCUGUUGCCCCCAACAUCGGGGACUGUGCUCAUCGGAGGAAAAGACAUUGAAACUAGCCUGGAUGCAGUCCGCCAGAGCCUGGGCAUGUGUCCCCAGCACAACAUCCUGUUCCACCAUCUCACGGUGGCUGAGCACAUCCUGUUCUACGCCCAGCUGAAAGGGAAGUCCUGGGAGGAGGCCCAGCUGGAGAUGGAAGCCAUGUUAGAAGACACUGGUCUCCACCACAAGAGAAACGAGGAAGCUCAGGACCUCUCAGGUGGCAUGCAGAGGAAGCUGUCUGUGGCCAUUGCUUUUGUGGGAGAUUCCAAGGUGGUGGUCCUGGACGAACCCACCUCUGGGGUGGACCCCUACUCCAGGCGCUCCAUCUGGGACCUGCUCCUGAAGUAUCGCUCAGGCAGAACCAUCAUCAUGUCCACCCACCACAUGGAUGAGGCUGACCUCCUCGGCGAUCGCAUUGCCAUCAUUUCCCAGGGAAGGCUCUACUGCUCCGGAACCCCACUCUUCCUCAAGAACUGCUUUGGCACAGGCUUCUACUUGACCUUGGUUCGCAAGAUGAAAAACAUCCAGAGCCAAAGAGGUGGCUGUGAGGGGGCCUGCAUCUGUACAUCAAAGGCCUUCUCCACCAGGUGUCCAGCCCGGGCUGAUGAGAUAACCGAGGAACAAGUCUUGGAUGGGAAUGUGAAGGAGCUGAUGGAUUUGGUGUACCACCAUGUUCCAGAGGCAAAGCUGGUGGAAUGCAUCGGUCAGGAACUUAUCUUCCUCCUUCCAAACAAGAAUUUCAAGCAGAGAGCGUAUGCCAGCCUUUUCCGGGAGCUGGAGGAGACGCUGACUGACCUGGGGCUCAGCAGCUUUGGAAUUUCAGACACUCCCCUGGAAGAGAUUUUUCUGAAGGUCACGGAGGACUCUGAUUCCGGCUCUAUGUUUGCAGGUGGCACGCAGCAGAAUAGAGAGCAUGUCAGUCUCCGGCACCCUUGUUCUGCUCCCACCGAGAAGGUCAGGCAGCCCGCCCAGGGCUCCCACACCUGCUCCGUAGGACAAGUGGAUCCUUCCAAGGGCCAACCUUCCCCAGAGCCAGAGGAACCCAGCGCCCCGUUCAACACAGGCGCUAGGCUGAUUCUUCAACACGUGCAGGCGCUGCUGGUCAAGCGAUUUCACCAUGCUGUCCGCAGCCACAAGGACUUUCUGGCUCAGAUUGUUCUCCCUGCCACUUUUGUGUUUUUGGCUCUGAUGCUUUCCAUCAUUGUGCCUCCGUUUGGUGAAUUUCCAGCUUUAACCCUUCACCCCUGGAUGUACGGACAUCAAUAUACCUUCUUCAGCAUGGAUGAGCCCAGCAAUGAACACCUCGCGGUGCUGGCAGAUGUCCUCCUGAACAAGCCAGGCUUUGGCAACCGUUGUCUGAAGAAAGAGUGGCUUCCGGAGUACCCCUGUGGCAAUUCAACCCCUUGGAAGACACCUUCUGUGUCCCCGAACGUCACCCACCUGCUGCAGAAGCAGAAAUGGACAGCGGCCGAUCCUUCUCCAUCCUGCAUGUGCAGCACCAGAGAGAAGCUCACCAUGCUGCCCGAGUGCCCUGAGGGUGCCGGAGGGCUCCCGCCUCCACAGAGGACACAGCGCAGCACUGAAGUCCUGCAAGACCUCACAAACAGGAACAUCUCCGACUACUUGGUAAAGACGUAUCCUGCGCUCAUCCGCAGCAGCUUAAAGAGCAAAUUCUGGGUCAAUGAACAAAGAUAUGGAGGGAUUUCCAUCGGAGGGACGCUCCCCACCAUCCCCAUCACUGGGGAUGCACUUGUCGGUUUCUUAAGUGACCUUGGCCAGAUGAUGAAUGUGAGCGGGGGUCCUGUCACCAGAGAGGCCUCUAAAGAAAUGUUAGAUUUCCUCAAACAUCUUGAAACUAAAGACAACAUUAAGGUAUGGUUUAACAACAAGGGCUGGCAUGCCCUGGUCAGCUUCCUGAAUGUGGCCCACAACGCCAUCUUACGGGCCAGUCUGCCUAAGGACAGGGACCCUGAGGAGUAUGGCAUCACCGUCAUCAGCCAGCCCCUGAACCUGACCAAGGAGCAGCUCUCGGAGAUCACAGUGUUGACCACCUCGGUGGAUGUUGUCCUUGCCAUCUGCGUGAUUUUCGCCAUGUCCUUCGUUCCAGCCAGCUUUGUCCUUUACUUGAUUCAGGAGAGGGUGACAAAAGCCAAGCAUUUGCAGUUUAUCAGCGGUGUGAGCCCCGCCACCUACUGGCUGACCAACUUCCUCUGGGAUAUUACGAAUUACGCUGUGAGUGCGGGCCUGGUAGUGGGCAUCUUCAUUGGAUUUCAAAAAAAAGCCUACAUGUCUGCAGACAACCUUCCUGCUCUCGCAGCUCUGCUCAUGCUGUAUGGAUGGGCAAUCAUCCCCAUGAUGUACCCGGCAUCCUUCCUGUUUGAUGUCCCCAGCACAGCCUAUGUGGCUUUGGCCUGUGCUAACCUGUUCAUCGGCAUCAACAGCAGCGCCAUCACCUUCGUCCUGGAAUUGUUUGAGAAUAACCGGACGCUGCUCAGGUUCAACGCCAUGCUGAGGAAGUUGCUCAUUGUCUUUCCCCACUUCUGCCUGGGCAGAGGCCUCAUCGACCUGGCACUGAGCCAGGCUGUGACAGACGUCUAUGCCCAGUUUGGUGAGGAGUACUCUUCCAACCCAUUCCAGUGGGACCUGAUUGGGAAGAAUCUGGUUGCUAUGGCAAUAGAAGGGGUGGUAUACUUCCUUCUGACACUCCUCAUCCAACACCACUUUUUCCUUACCCGCUGGGUCGCCGAGCCCGCUCGAGAGCCCAUUUUUGAUGAAGACGAUGAUGUGGCUGAAGAAAGACAAAGAAUUACUAGUGGGGGAAAUAAAACUGACAUCCUAAGGUUAAAUGAGCUAACCAAGGUUUACUCCGGCUCUUCCAGUCCAGCCGUAGACAGGUUAUGUGUCGGAGUCCGUCCUGGAGAGUGCUUUGGGCUCCUGGGAGUGAACGGUGCAGGCAAAACCACCACAUUCAAGAUGCUCACUGGGGACACCACAGUGACAUCAGGCGAUGCUACCGUAGCAGGCAAGAGCAUUUUAACCAAUAUUUCUGACGUCCAUCAAAACAUGGGCUACUGUCCUCAGUUUGAUGCAAUUGAUGACCUGCUCACAGGCCGAGAACAUCUUUACCUCUAUGCCAGGCUGCGGGGCGUGCCAGCAGAGGACAUCGAGAAGGUUGCUAACUGGGGCAUCCAGAGCCUAGGCUUGUCUCUGUACGCCGACCGCCUGGUAGGCACCUACAGUGGAGGAAAUAAGCGGAAACUCUCCACCGCCAUAGCACUCAUUGGCUGCCCGCCCCUGCUGCUGCUGGAUGAGCCCACGACAGGGAUGGACCCCCAGGCACGCCGCAUGCUGUGGAAUACCAUUGUGAGCAUCAUCAGAGAAGGGAGAGCCGUGGUUCUCACCUCCCACAGCAUGGAAGAAUGUGAAGCGCUGUGUACCCGGCUGGCCAUCAUGGUGAAGGGCGCGUUUCAAUGUCUGGGCACCAUUCAACACCUCAAGUACAAGUUUGGAGACGGCUACAUUGUCACAAUGAAAAUUAAAUCGCCAAAGGACGACUUGCUUCCAGACUUGAAUCCUGUCGAGCAGUUCUUCCAGGGCAACUUCCCAGGCAGUGUGCAGAGAGAGAGGCACCACAGCAUGCUCCAGUUCCAGGUCGCCUCCUCUUCCCUGGCCAGGAUCUUCCAGCUGCUCAUCUCCCACAAGGACAGCCUGCUCAUCGAGGAGUACUCAGUCACUCAGACCACGCUCGACCAGGUAUUUGUGAACUUUGCUAAACAGCAGACUGAGACCUAUGACCUCCCUCUGCACCCUCGAGCUGCUGGAGCCAGCUGGCAAGCCAAGCUCGACGGGAAAGCUGGGCGGCUGGAGACGCAGGAGCCUUUGCCCACAGGAUCAACUGAACGACUGGCGAACAUAAACAAGCCUACUGAGGCAGAAGACAAACGCACCAGGCACCCACAGUGAACUCGAGGAGGCUCUUCCAGAAGGAAACCAAGACUCGCCGGCUCACCGGCAUUCCUGAUGGCAAAACUCACCUAUCCAAACAUCCAGACCACCAAAGUAGCCCCUGACCAGUGGCUUUGCUUAGCACCUCGUCCAUUCUGAGUGGAUGUGCUUUUGUGGGGUGGGAGGAGUGUGGGUGUGUGGGUGUUAUUCGGAAGGAGCAAUAAAAUGCACUCUCCUUGUGAACUACUCAUUAA